AUGGUUAUUCCUUCGAAAACAGGGAUGUUUCGAAGAAUAAAGAUGAAAUCCAAGCAUAAACGAAAGUCUUCAUCUCGAAAACAGGGAUGUUCUCAUCGAGGAGUAUUGUUUCGUGAGGUUCCUAUUCUUGUUUCACCCACAUCCAAGAAACGAGCAACAGAAGACAUGGCGAAACAUUUAUCCCAACCAAAGAAGAAGAAGACAAAGAAGGCUCGGAAGAUUGUUUCAUCAAGUGAGUCUAUUGAAGAGGAUGAACGAGUACCAGAAACUCCAGAAAUCACCUCUAUUCUUACAAGUUCAAUUCCAGAGAUCACUGUCAAAAUCACCCCGGAAGUUUCGAUUUCCAAGUCAAUUUUUGAGGAGGUGAGAACUUCAGGCUUCGGUGAAAAUGUUUCAAAGGAUGCAAACCAAGGUCCAUUCAUCUCUACUCCUUUUGAAUCAUUAGUUUCUGUUACACCAACAUCAGCCAUUCCUCUUACUUCAACUACUAUCUCUCCAUCAUUCGAACACAUCAUCAAUCAACCAAUCACUUCCAUGUUCUCCUCUCAAUCAACUGAUACCAACAAACCAACUUCACCCACUAAAACAUAUCAUGAAGCGUUUGGAGGAACAUUCGAAGAUUUGGAAUUUCAUGAUGAAGAAGAAGAUUUCCUUGAUCACAUGCUAAUGACCAUGAAACAAUACAAAAUUUUGAAUCAAAAGGUUGAUAUCAUAUGUGAUGCUAUUACAAAAUUUGUCAUGAUGUACGAAGGUUUGAGUCCACAAAUCGCUCAAAUCUCCAUGACUGAAAAUGAAAAUUUUGAAGGAGUGAUGAAGCUGUUGAAAGAUUUGAAGGAGAUAUAA